GCGGUUCAAUGUUUUCUUCUUCCCUGCGUGCGCUAUAAAUAAGUGUAAUGGCGCAGUUCAUGUCUUCACAACAAGUUUUAGCAGGGAGAAAGAUCAAAAAUGGGAUCAGUUUGGGUUAGUUAUGCACCGGCGAAGAAGGACUCGGAUGCCGACAGAACUCCGGCCCGACCGGGAGUCGGCGAUGGCGAUGGAUCCCAUACUCAUGCUGUCGACAAACUGCAGCUGCUGCCGGUAAAUGAAGAUUUGGUACUUCAACGCUCGAGAACCCUGACUCCGACUAAGCCACUGAUCAAAGACGGCGGUGGAGCUAGUCAUCAUGCCAUAAACGAGAGUCAACAGAUCGCGGAUGAAGCCUUGAGAUCCAAACGCUCAAGAACUCCGACUUCACCGCCGCCCAAAGACGGCGGUGGAGCUCGUCAUCAUGCUAUAAACGAGAGCCAAUCGUCGACGGAUAGAGCCUCGAGAUCCAAACGCUCAAGAACUCUGACUUCGCCACCGCCCAAAGACGGUGGUGGAGCUCAUCAUCAUGCAAAUAACAACAGUCAAUCUUCGACGAAUGGAGUCUUGAGAUCCAGACGCCCAAGAACUCCGCCUCCGCCGCCAAUCAAUGACGGUGGUGGAGCUCGUCAUCAUUGAUAAAGAAAUAUAUAUAUAUAAAGAAUAAAUUUUAAAAUAAAUGUAUAGUCAGUUUGAUAGAUGUAAUUUUAUUUUAUAUUAAAUGUCAAAGAAAUAUAUAUUUUCUCUUCGUAGCUUAAGGUUUGUUUUU